AAGUACAAUGUGGUUCUGUGUAAUUACGUCAAACUCGGCCUGGGAACUGCGCGCUUAAAAACAUUGCGUCUGAACGAUUGCCAGGGCUGGAGAGGGAAUUUACCUCGAAAGAAAUGCAAAGAAGGAUUUAGGUUUGGCUUUGCUACGAGGAAAACGAGGAGGCGCGAUUUUUUUUAGUGAUCAACAUAUUUUUCAUAUAUUCAAAGGUGUGUGCCUCCCGCCCCGCCCCCCACCACGGCCCUUACCUGUGUGUUGCGGUGCUUCCCCUGCGAGCCUAGCUGGGCCGGCAGCCCUUUCCUGCACCGCCCCCCACCCCGCCCCACCCGAUGGUCAGGAUGACGCGCUCCAAGACCUUCCAGGCCUACCUGCCCAGCUGCCACCGAACCUACAGCUGCAUCCACUGCAGAGCGCACCUGGCCAACCACGACGAGCUCAUCUCCAAGUCUUUCCAGGGGAGCCAAGGCAGAGCUUAUCUGUUCAACUCGGUGGUGAACGUGGGGUGCGGGCCGGCGGAAGAGAGGGUGUUGCUCACGGGGCUGCAUGCUGUGGCAGAUAUCUACUGUGAGAACUGCAAGACAACUCUGGGUUGGAAAUAUGAGCAUGCCUUUGAGAGCAGUCAGAAGUACAAGGAGGGCAAGUUCAUCAUCGAGCUGGCCCACAUGAUCAAGGACAACGGCUGGGACUGAAAAACAAAGCGCUGUCCGUGACUCGGUUCGGGGUUGAAUGGGGUGGAUGGGAGGGAAGGGGGUGAGUGUGCGACUUUGAUUUACCAUGGACCUCUGUCCUCCCCUCCUGAUGACACACCAGCAGCCUCCAGGGUGGAAGUAGUAGGGGAGUGUGUGUGUGGCUGUAGUAGCAGCCUGACCUGCCCCGCUGGGUUCUGUGUGUGUCUGGACUGGAGGAGGAUGUCAUUGGAGAUGGAUGGACACCACCAGACACAUGCACAAUGGCAAGCAAACACACAUGUGCACACACACACACACACACACACACACACACACACACACACAAACAAACAAACAAACAAACAAACAUGCAUGUCCCAGACCAACAUCCCAGCCUGAUGGGUAGCUCUUCAGAUGGAGAGCCAGGCCAAGGCCAGUGUUGUUGUGUUACUAUAUAUAUGUUAGGGCUGGCUGGCCUGCAGUGUGAGGAGGGACCAGGCCCUGGCAGGGUCAGUAGACUUGGGUUAAAGAGCUGAUGUGAGCUCUCGUAUGUAUGGGAAUGAGAUGGCCUAAAAUGAUUAUCCCCAAAUCCAGCUGAUCUAAUCCACCCAAUGCCGUGCCAGCUAGGACAGUGAUGAGGCCUCUGGGGGCUGGGUGAGGGAAGGGUUAAGGGGAGGAGAGUCAGGGAAAGGGUAGGUCCUGAUUCUGGAUUCUAAUCCACCCUGGUUGUGAGGUUGGAGUAGCAGCUGGUUGCACAGCUGUGUGAUCCACUCUAGGUUUCAGCGGCAGCAGUUGUUGUUGUGAGAGUCAGGAUGAUAGGGAGUGUGAAGGAUUUAAGUCUUAACUGAGAAGAGUCUGUUCAGUCAGUGUUUUGGCUUUCUCCAUCAUCCGUAGAUGCCUGAAAUCAUGUCUUGUGAUGUUUGGAUCCUUCAUGUGUUGUGUCUGAUGUAAGUCAGGAUACAUCUACCAUCACCACUUUGGAUUAAAUUGAGCAGCUUUGAAUUUUGAAGCUCUGACUUGAACAGGCUUGGAGAUUGGUUCUAGUGUUUUGGCCACUGAAGCAGUUAGGAUGUGGAGGCCUUUAGGAGAUGCUCUUAUGACAUUCUGAAAGGUUGAUGUUCUGAAGCUUUCUUUCAGUCUGGGAUGACCAUAGCAGUUCAUAGAUUGUUACACACACUACCUUACUACCUGGCCCUCACUUAAAACACUGAACCGCAAAGCUGUACAGUAGACCUGUGGAUUUUCUGAACAGAAGCCAACUAAGCAACACAACUAAUCAAACUAAUCUCCUUGGUAUCCACGGCAACUGACUGGCAGUCGAGACUUCCAAUCAGAGGCUGUAGACGUCCCUAGCACAACCAAAGAACCCACCCAUCUACCAUAAAUUGACCAAACAC